CCAAUUAUUUUUUUGAACAGAAAGAUCAUUCCAACACAUCUCAAAUGUCUUUUCCACAAAUGGAAUGCUCUUUCCGGUCUUCCCCUAUUGGUUUCUCUUCCUUCUUUCUCCGGUUUCUCUUCAUUUUCGCCACCUUAUCGUCCCUCGCGACAACGUCCGUAGCGUUCACGGGGACGUACGGAGUGAACUACGGCCGGAUUGCGGACAAUCUCCCCUCCCCUUACGCGGUGGCCACUCUACUGAAAUCGGCAAAGAUCAAGAACAUCAGGAUAUACGACGCGGACCACUCGGUGCUGACGGCGUUUAGAGGGACGGGGAUUGAGAUAAUAGUUGGAUUGGGCAAUGAGUUUCUCAAGGACUUGAGCGUGGGCGAGGACCGAGCCAUGAGCUGGAUCAAGGAGAACGUCGAGCCGUUUGUAAGAUCCGGCACCAGAAUUCGUGGCAUUGCGGUUGGCAAUGAGAUCUUGGGCGGUACGGACAUCCAGCUUUGGGAGGCUCUCCUCCCCGCCGCCAAGAAUGUCUACUCCGCUCUCCGCCGUCUUGGACUCAGCACUGUGGUCGAGGUAUCUAGUCCGCACUCGGAGGCAGUGUUCGAGAAUUCGUACCCACCCUCGGCAUGCACGUUCAGGGAAGACGUGAUGCCGUACAUGAAGCCGUUGCUGGCGUUCUUCUGGCAGAUCGGGUCGCCGUUCUACAUAAACGCCUACCCGUUCUUGGCUUAUAAAUCCGACCCUACCCACAUCGACCUCAACUACGCUCUCUUCCAGCACACCUCGGGCAUUUACGAUGCCAAGACCAAACUCCAUUACGACAACAUGUUCGAUGCUCAGGUCGACGCCGCCUAUUUUGCCCUCGAAAAGGCCGGUUUCCCCAAAACGCCGGUAAUUGUAUCGGAGACGGGAUGGGCAUCGAAAGGAGACCCGAACGAGGCAGGAGCGACGGUGAAGAACGCGAGAACGUACAACAGAAACCUGAGAAAGCGGCUGAAGAAGAGGAAAGGAACACCGCACAGACCAGACACGGCGGUUAGGGCUUAUGUCUUCGCUUUGUUCAACGAGAAUCUGAAACCGGGUCCCACAUCGGAGAGAAACUUCGGUCUCUUCAAGCCCGACGGAAGCAUAUCCUACGACAUCGGCUUCACUGGCCUCAAGUACUCUUCCGCCGUUAAACGAUGUCGUUUUGAGCCCUUGUUUCAAGCUCUUCUCUCGUGCUCUGUUACGGUUCUUCUUCUUCACCGUUUGUUACCGUUACCGUUACCGUUGUGAGGAUAAAAAAAAAUUAUAUAUAUUAUUUUACGGAUUUUAUACAUUGACCCUUUGGUUUUAGAAUUUCUCGAACUAUGCCUGGAUUUCUUUCAAGUAUCAGAGCGAGUGCCGUUUACAGAAGGGAUUUCUAAUUGUUGUAAAUCGUGAUUACUCAACGGAACGGUAUUGUUUGGGUGA